UCCAUUUUCUCUUUCCCCCUCCCUCGACCCCCCAUUCAUCUCCGUCCUCCUCGCCCUCCUCCCUCUUCGCCAAAUCUCCCUUCCCUCCCCAAACUCCACCGCACGGAGCUGAAGAUCAAGGCUGGUGGAUUUAUCAACAUUUUACCUCCACCCCCACCCCCUUUUCCAGAUGCACCUCCCCGCUCUCCCUGACAGCUGCAAAAGGGAGCACAGGUUUUGUAGCGAGCGAGGCAACUUGGACUGACAUGCAAAGGCGAACCCCCCCGUACCCGCACACACCGUCGGUGAAUCACCGGGAGAUGCGAUGAGCUCCCUUUAGGAACCGGAAGGAUUUGUGUUGGGGAGCCAGUGGAGCCCCCCCUCCCUAUCCCCCAGCCCGACCCUCCAAAAAAAAGUCAGGAAAGCCUCCAGAAAGGGUUCUCAGCCUUUUUGGAUCUACACAGUGGAAGUUGCAUCUUGUGUAUGGCGUGGUUAAGCUUGCAGCCUGUCACCUCGGCCUUCCUCCAUUUUGGGCUGGUUACUUUUGUGCUGUUUUUGCAUGGUUUGCAGGUGGAUGCUGGCCUGACCGGAGACUCAACCAGUACAGUACAAAACAGCUCGUGUUCAGGAUCUUUUGACUGCAAGGAGGGUGUUAUCCUGCCAAUAUGGUACCCAGAAAACCCAUCCCUUGGGGACAAAAUUGCCCGUGUUAUUGUAUACUUUGUAGCGCUGAUCUACAUGUUCCUUGGAGUCUCCAUCAUUGCAGAUCGUUUCAUGGCAUCUAUCGAGGUCAUUACAUCACAGGAGAAGGAAAUAACAAUUAAGAAACCCAAUGGAGAGACCACAACGACCACCAUUCGCAUUUGGAAUGAAACUGUUUCCAACUUGACUCUCAUGGCUCUGGGCUCCUCUGCUCCCGAGAUCCUCUUGUCUCUGAUAGAAGUGUGUGGGCAUGGAUUCAUAGCUGGAGACCUGGGGCCAUCUACAAUUGUUGGCAGCGCUGCUUUCAAUAUGUUUAUCAUCAUUGCCAUCUGUGUCUAUGUGAUCCCUGAUGGGGAAACCAGGAAGAUAAAACACCUGAGGGUUUUCUUUGUCACAGCUGCAUGGAGCAUCUUUGCUUACAUCUGGUUGUACAUGAUCCUUGCUGUUUUCUCUCCAGGUGUGGUUCAGGUUUGGGAAGGCCUGCUCACGCUGUUCUUCUUUCCUCUUUGUGUCGUUCUGGCUUGGAUAGCAGAUAGACGUCUGCUUUUCUACAAGUAUAUGCACAAAAAGUACCGUACUGAUAAGCACAGGGGCAUUAUCAUAGAGUCAGAAGGUGAUCACCCUAAGGGAAUUGAGAUGGAUGGCAAGAUGAUGAACUCUCACUUUCUAGAUGGGAACUUAGUGACCAUGGAGGGGAAGGAGGUAGAUGAAUCUCGCAAAGAGAUGAUCCGGAUCCUAAAGGACCUGAAGCAAAAGCACCCAGAAAAGGACUUGGACCAGCUGGUGGAGAUGGCCAACUACUAUGCCUUGUCUCACCAGCAGAAGAGCAGAGCCUUUUAUCGAAUUCAAGCAACCAGAAUGAUGACAGGAGCUGGCAAUAUUCUGAAAAAGCAUGCAGCUGAGCAAGCCAAGAGAACCACUAGCUUGCAUGAGGUACGGCCAGAAGAACCUGAGGAAUUCAUCUCCAAAAUUUAUUUUGACCCAUGCUCUUACCAGUGUCUUGAGAACUGUGGUGCGGUUCUCCUGACAGUGGUGCGGAAAGGAGGUGACAUGUCUAAGACCAUCUAUGUGGACUAUAAAACAGAGGAUGGCUCUGCCAAUGCUGGUGCUGACUAUGAGUUCACAGAGGGGACUGUUGUCUUGAAAUCUGGGGAGACCCAGAAGGAGUUCUCUGUGGGAAUUAUUGAUGAUGACAUAUUUGAGGAAGAUGAGCAUUUCUUUGUGCGGCUCAGUAAUCUCCGUGUGGUGGAGAGUGAGGAACCUCCAGAGCUCAGUAACUCCCCGUACCCAAAGGCCAUGUUGGCUUCUCCUUGUGUGGCCACAGUGACUAUCCUGGAUGAUGACCACGCUGGCAUCUUCACAUUUGAGUGUGAUAUUAUACACGUCAGUGAGAGCAUUGGUGUGAUGGAAGUCAAAGUCCUAAGGACAUCAGGUGCGCGGGGUACAGUCAUAGUGCCAUUUAGGACAGUGGAAGGGACAGCGAAAGGAGGUGGCGAAGACUUUGAAGACACUUACGGGGAGUUGGAGUUCAAGAAUGAUGAAACUGUCAAAACAGUUCACAUCAAGGUAAUUGAUGAUGAGGAGUAUGAAAAAACCAAGAAUUUCUUCAUUGAGCUGAUGAGCCCCCGCAUGGUGGAUAUGAGUUUACAGAAAGCCCUGCUGCUCACACAAGAGGUGGCUGAGAGGAAGAUGACAGUUGAAGAGGAGGAAGCCAAGAGAAUUGCAGAGAUGGGCAAGCCAAUACUCGGAGAGCACCCCAAACUGGAAGUCAUCAUUGAGGAGUCCUAUGAGUUCAAGAGCACCGUGGACAAGCUGAUUAGGAAGACAAACCUGGCUUUGGUUGUAGGGACACAUUCCUGGAGGGACCAGUUCAUGGAGGCCAUUACUGUGAGCGCAGCAGGCGAUGAGGACGAGGACGAGUCUGGUGAGGAGCGCCUGCCGUCCUGCUUUGACUACGUGAUGCACUUCCUGACAGUCUUCUGGAAGGUGCUGUUUGCCUGCGUGCCCCCCACCGAGUACUGCAACGGCUGGGCCUGCUUUGUUGUCUCCAUCCUCAUCAUCGGCAUGCUCACGGCCGUCAUCGGCGACCUCGCCUCCCACUUUGGCUGCACCAUUGGCCUCAAGGACUCGGUGACCGCCGUCGUCUUCGUCGCCUUCGGCACUUCUGUACCAGACACCUUUGCCAGCAAAGCCGCAGCCAUCCAGGACAUGUACGCUGAUGCCUCCAUCACCAACGUCACAGGCAGCAACGCUGUCAACGUCUUCCUGGGCAUCGGGCUGGCGUGGUCAGUGGCAGCGAUCUACUGGGCGUCGCAGGGGCAGGAGUUCCAGGUGUCAGCAGGCACCCUGGCGUUCUCUGUCACCCUCUUCACCAUCUUCGCCUUCAUCUGCAUCAGCGUCCUCCUCUACCGCCGGCGACCCCACCUCGGGGGGGAGCUGGGCGGCCCCCGAGGGUGCAAAGUGGCCACGACAUUGCUCUUCGUCAGCCUCUGGCUGCUCUACAUCCUCUUCGCCACGCUGGAGGCCUAUUGCUACAUCAAGGGGUUUUAGGCGGCGGAGGGACGGCGCUGCCGGGGGAGGGACCCUCCUCCGUUACCUCACCGGACGCCAGUCCUGGAAGCGCGGUUUCACUGGAGGCACGGCUGUCUGCCAGGGCUGCCGCUGCCCAGACGCUCGGACAGCUGCGUGCCAAAAGGGCAAAACCAUCACAGAGUGAAAAAAACAGAGACAAAACCCAUCCAAAAAUGGUACAAAAGAAAGCAACAAUGGCAAGUGUUGAAAUAAAACACAAUAAACCCAGGCACUGACCCUAUUCAAUGAAAUUAUGAAGUUUCAACCAUCUCCAAAGGCCACCUCUCCCAUAGGGGGUCAUCUCCUUUCCUGCCGAGCACCCCUCCACUGUAAGGAGAUGUUUCCUCAUUUUUAAUAGUUGAGAAUUGCAGAAGUCUGAUUCAGGAAUUUGUGGGGUUUUUUUUCUUUUUUUUUUUUCUGUUUGCUCGUUGCUUUUUGGUUCUGGGGGAGCACGCUUAUUCUUCUUUUUUUUUUUUUUUCUUUUUUAC